UACAUCACGUGACUGGAUCCCGGAGCAUUAGUGGCUCGCGUCACGUGACUGGUGUCGACAGCAGACGCUGGAGCCGCUCCACUCCUCUGACAGGGAUCUCGUCUAUGGUUCACUCAAGCCCAGGUGUGCGGUCUUUCUGAACAGCCAGGUCAUGUCACUAAAGAUGGAAAUGGAUGCCAGUGGAACGUCCAGGGCACCCAUAUCCGUUCUGUCUGCCGCUGAGGUCAAAACCACCCUGAAGCCUGAACCCGACAAACCCCGAUGCUCCAGUACUCCCUGCUCCCCGAUUAAAAGUACUGUCUCAGGAUACCAAAUCCUUCACAUGAACUCCAACUAUCUAGUGGGCUUCACCACUGGUGAGGAGCUUCUUAAAUUAGCCCAGAAAUGGUCUAGUCCUGACAACAGCAACACAGAGGCCUUGCCCAGCCCCAUCAAAAAGCCUGUGGAUGUAAGUCUGCACCGAGCCUCACGGAUUUGCAAAGCCAAAAGCCGCUACUACCAACCAUAUGACAUCCCGGCCAUCAACGGACGUAGGAGGCGGCGCAUGCCCAGCUCAGGCGACGGCUGCUUGAAAUCUCUAGUGAGCGGGGAGCCCGGAAAGGCUUUACAUGGCCCACUGCCCCUCUGCCUGUUGAAGGGCAAACGGGUGCACUCCAAGUCCCUGGACUACCUCAACCUAGACAAGAUGAGCCUCAGGGAGCCGGCGGACACUGAAGUACUGCAGUACCAGCUGCAGCAUCUGAAUUUACGGGGCGAGCGCGUGUUCACCCGCAACAAGACAUGAGUCCUCAGAUGCCCAGCACUUCAACGCUCAUCCGCCCGGCUGCAACGUAGGGCCUUGAUUUUUACCACUCUUCCCCACUACGCCAUACAUAGACCACUAAUCUUCUUUGUUAACCAGAAGUGUGAUGAAACACCGCGAGGCCCAGUUAGGGGAAAAUUUAAAGGAAUAGUUCAUCCAAAAAGACUAAUUCUGUCAUUAUGUACUCAUCCUCAUGCUCUUUCACACUGUUAUUUUUUUGUUUCUAUGGAACAAAAAAAGCUCAUUUUAUACAAGAACAGUUGGUGGUGACCACGGCUGUCACAUCCAUAUGGAUCGUGUGCUAUAUUCAAAGUGUGCUAAAGACGUAGCUUUGUGUGGGGAACAGGCCAAAAUUUGUUAUUGAUGCUAAAGCUCUGAAAUUUCAUAUGUGUCCAGCAAAAAAAAGACCUUGAUUUCAGUCUGUCACACAAAACUAUCAAGAUACUUUGGAAGACUUGAAAUAAAAGUUGUAGUAUCGAUAUAGAGUUGUAAUGUAGUCAUACUACUUAUAUGGUAGGGCUGCACGACUAAUCGAAAUAAAACAAAAAUCGCGAUAUGGCUUAGUGCGAUUGUCAAAUCACAAAGGCUGUGAUUUAAUUAAAUAAAUAUCUGUAUAUGUGUGUUUCAGAGUGAAGCAUGGCACUGUGUUUCUUUACACAGGAGCAGCUCAUGAUCUUAUGUUUUCUGCAUCUGCUCUGAGUUUGAGUCACUUUAACAUGUGUUUGGGAACAACACGAGCCAACCAUCUUCACAAACUUGUAAUGAGAAGCUGUUGUCAACAAAAGAGUAAUUUUGAGGGCUCCCUGUAGUUUUCUGCCCAAAGAAAACUUGAUGGUUUAAUUUUUGAAAUGGAAUUAAGACAGCCAUAAACAUUAUAAUAUUGUAAUUUAUGGCUAAAAUGUGCAGCCCUACAAACAAGUACGUCAAACCUGGAGAUGUUUUUAUAAAUCACAUUUUAAAUCGCAAUCUCAGUUAUCAGAAAAAUCGCAAUUACAUUUUUCAUGGAAUUGUGCAGCCCUAUAUGUUUAUGGAACUAGUGUCAUAGAGACAGAGGACUGGGACAAUACAUCGAUUCUCGAUUCGCAAUACAGUGAUUCUGGAUCGAUUCUGAUGUUUUUUUUCUCGAAUCAGUUCUGAGCUUAGUUUUAACAGCAGAUGGCGCUCUAUGCUAGUUUUUAACCGCACACUCAAAUGCUCACGAAGAAGAGAACUGUGUUCGUCUGAGUCAUGUAAGUGGCUAAAUACACUUGCACCUCGACUCAGAAUGCUUUUCUGACGUGAGAUUAAACGGCCCACUGCGAACACCCUUGUAAUUCACUUCAAAUUUUCGAACUUUAUGAAUGAUUAUUUUAAAUUUAAGUGGUGUGUGUAAAGAAACUGGAAGCAAGCAAAGUACAGGUGUUUCUAAAGCACGUAGUGCCAUCUGCUGUUAAAAACUAAUCUCAGAAUCGAUUGGAGAGAGAAUCGCGAUACAUUGGAAAAUAUCAGAAUCGCUCCAGAUUCUUUGUAUCCUGUAUUGAUGUAUUGCCCCAGCCCUAGUGACAGACAUUGUCACUAUGAUCUGACUUUGUAUGAAAAAUAACUGCAUUAACCUUUUUUUCUCCCUCCUUUUUCAGUUUGGAAAGACAUGAGGGUGAGUAAAAAAAUGACAUGAGAAUGAAUCCUUUAUCCCCGCAAUGAAUCAUUGUAAAAGUGUGUGUUACAGGGCAUACAUUCAUUGUCAUGGUGAGGUUUUUUAAGAUUAGCAAUAAAUUGUGUCUUAAUUACCUAAUUCCUAGUGUGUGUGUGUGUGUGUGUGUGUGUGUGUGUGUGUGUAAAAAAAAUAUACCUUUGGAAAUUAAGUGUGAAAAUGGCUGUAUUGCAAAAAUGCAUUUAGUCAUAUGUUCCCCCUCAACAUCAAGUCACAAGCUUGUGUUAUUGUGCUAACAUUAGUAAUUCGUGUCAGGUGAGGAUCUUGACUGUUACGCAGUCCGGAUGUUCUUUAAUACACACUCUGAUAGGCUUUGUGCAGGAGAGGCUUGUCUUUAGAGAAGCCAAGCUCACAUUAGCAUAUAGAAACCAUUAAUUGCCUUUUCAUUUCUUUAAUCGAUAUUUUACAGGAGACUCACUGGACCAUCUUACACUGAAUACUAUAUUAUUGUCUGAAAGAAAAAAAUGUUUGUUAAUGAAGGUUGUGACAUUUGUCAUUUACUUUUUAUUUCUCUUUCUUUUUUGCCUGACCCCUUCAUGGUGCACAUAGUAGAUAACAUUGCUAUAAAACCAAAGUCCAGGGGGAACUUGAUAAAUAAUUUUUGAACAACAGACAAUCUUUCACCGUAUCACCCAAUAAGCACUAGUAACAGUUUAUGGGAUCUUAUUUCUUCAUUUUGAACACAAUGUUUAAUAUGUAUCCAUUUGCUUUUUUGAGUUUUUUAUAUCGUUAUCAUGAUAGAAGAUAUAUUAGUUCCAGACAUUUGAAUACUUCUGUCGGGAUCAUGUUUCUUUAGGAUCUUUGCUAGAUCUUUGCUAGUUGUUUGAUACUUUUCAGAACUCCCUUUUUCUAACCCUCCUUCAUAUUUUUUCUUCUAUAUCUUUUUCCUGUGAUUUUAAUGAAUGCAUUGAACUGAAUUGCUAGAUUUCACCCUAAACAUUACAGACUGUAUUUUAUAGUUUUUUUUUGUUGUUGUUGUUGUUUUUUGUCUUUAAGUUGUCUUACAUUUAAUCUAAUUGAUCUAUCCUAAUGUUUUACCGUUACUGUACAUUCAGCUAACCAUCAGUGGAAUAUGCUCUAAAAAGCACCUUAGAUUCAUUCAUUAUAUAUUUAUUAAUUGUGAUGUGUUGGUGAUAUUUUAUUACAGUAUUUCCAAAAGUUUUUUUAUUUACAUAUUGGUUUUAAUUGAAGCCUAAUUAAUAGUUUUGUUGUUGUUUCAUUUCCUAACGGCAUAGUUUUCAUGUUCUAUGAAUUCUUUGGACUACUGUUAAAAAAUGAAUUGGUGACAUUACACUAUUGGAACAGUGUCGUUUUUUUUUUUAUUAUUAUUUAUCUACACAGCAAAGCAUAUACAGUGCUUAACAUAAAGUGAAAGAGAUCAAGCCUAUUUCAGUCUAUUUACAAUAUUGAACAAUAAUAGGCCUACUACUUAUAAGGUGAGUUUUCAAGUAAACCCCACUAAUUCUGUUUUCCACUUUUGUAUUUACAUUUCUUUUGGUCAGCCGUCAGACAGCUGUCAUCAUUCCAUCUGAAGUAGUUUCUCUCUGACCCAGUCAUGUCCAAAGUACCAAAAAGUGAGCGGUUUGUUUUCCUGCAGGCAGGCUCGUGAUUGGCUGUCCUGCUGCAGCCUUUUAUCAUGGAAGACUGAUAAGUGAAAAGCAUUUGAAAAAGCUGGCAACUCAUUUUUAGGAAUAGAUUUUUAUUUUAUUAUUAUUUUAUUUUUUUGUGGAAUAGUGGAAUUCUAAGCAAGACAUGUUCAUACACCCUCUGUGAUAUUUCAGAGCCAAUAAGGGUAAAAACUUAAGCUUGAAAACCUGUCAUGCACUGAAAAUGUUGAACUGUUGUAUUCUCUUUUUGUCAAAAAUGUAAUAUUAUUAAUAAUGAUUUAAAGAAAUUCUCCUGCCUAGAGGGAUACAACGUAAUUGAUUUUAGCACUUGUAGAUUUUAACAUCAUAAUGAAUAAAAAUGUGUUAGAAACCACUACUGGCUGCAGUGCCUUCAAUAAGAAAGUACAUUAUUUAUCCAGAAGGCAUGUCUUAGUUUGUCUUAGAAUACUUGAAUGCACAUGUAAUAUUGUUACGUUAUCUUCUAUUCUGAACAUGUUUAAUGCUUAAUGUUCUUUUACCCUCUGCAAUGUUUCUGUCAAAGUUUAACUUUUGUUUUUGUCAAAGUUUGAGUUUCAUUUGAUAUUAAUAAAACACUGUUCUUUGCA